CUUUCAGUCAGAAAGUCCGAGUGGCUGGGUUUGACCUCCUUUCCAGCUCAUCUGAAGGAGAACGAGGGGAGGAGGGAGGCAGGAGGGAAAAUAAAUGUCCUGCUGAGGAGGCCAGCCAACAUUCCUACAUCACUUCCUCCUCUAACAUCUGGCAAUGAUCAGGGCAGGCAGAGAGAAAGAGAGGAUGUAUCGCACUGGCUGGCUUCAGUGUUCAUUUCCAGGCGUAGACAGUGAGGCAUCGCAUUGCAAGACCGCCCACUCGAUCUCACUCCCCCUACCAGCAAAACAAAAUGAAGAAAGAGGGAGUGGUUUUAUUCCCUGUAACUGAGUAAAAUAAUAAUGAUCUGAUACAGUGUAAAUGUUUACACUUUAUCUAUGACUCAGUUGUCCUCCUUCACUGCUUCAUAUCUUGUUUCCUACAUCUCGGGAUGGCCUAGCUGUGUUGUGCUGUCAGCGUCUAUCAGCAGUGAGCUACCUGGACCAGAGGUGUGUACCAGAAGCAGCAGCAGGGUGCAGACAUGAGUGUGACCUCCUGGUUCCUGGUGAGCAGCGGGGGGACUCGCCACCGACUCCCCCGGGAAAUGAUCUUUGUCGGCAGGGAUGAUUGUGAGCUCAUGCUACAGUCUCGCAGUGUGGAUAAGCAGCAUGCAGUCAUCAACUACGAGGCUGGGACUGAUGAGCACAAGGUCAAGGACCUGGGCAGUCUGAAUGGGACUUUUGUAAAUGAUGUCCGCAUUCAGGAGCAGAUGUACAUCACUCUGAAGUUAGAGGAUAAGCUGAGGUUUGGUUAUGAUACCAACCUGUUCACGGUGGUGAGAGGAGAGCUCACUGUGCCUGAGGAAGCUCUCAAGCAUGAAAAGUUCACUAGUGGCCUCCAGUUGAGCAAGAAGCCGUCCAACGGUGAAACCACUACCACCACAACCACAAGCAAGUCUCCCACUAAGACCCCAACAAAGACACUAAAGUCCCCCAGUGGAAGCAACCUGAGGCCAGGGGAGAGUAGAACAACAGACGGGGUCACUUCCUCCAAAGAGCCACCGGCUAAACCUGUGGACACUCACAAAGCAGAGGAGAGGAUAGGAGGGGAUGUUACAGCACUGCCUCGAGGGACCCCCCUGUAUGGCCAGCCGUCUUGGUGGGGGGACGGGGAUGCAGAUGAUGAGAACUCCUUCAAACAGGAAACCAAGUCAUCCCACAAAAAACAUGACAGCUCAGACAGCAAAGAGGCACGUCGAGGGGAGAAAGCUAAAGAGGACAGCCUUCAUGCGUCCACAGGCCACGAUUCCAGUUACUUGGAGAUCCCUACAAAGGAGAGUCACAUGGCCAAUAACGGCAUCCAUGAGAUUCCCACCAAGGACACAGAGGGCACCUCCACACACACCACUACAGCUCAAGGUCACGCCUCCUUCACCAUAGAGUUUGACAACACUUCUCCAGGGAAAGUCACCAUUAAGGACCAUGUGUCAAAGUUCACACCCGACCAUCACAGAUCUCGCUCUAAGAAAAGUGGAGCAGGAAGUGGAGGAGCAGGAGCGAGGGAUUUGAGCACGCUGCAAGCUGCUAUGAUGGCAUCGGAAAGCAAGGUGGCCGAUUGGCUGGCUCAGAACGACCCCACUCUGAUUCGCAGCGAGUCAACAGAGGAGGACAGCAAGAGCAUCAAGAGCGACGUGCCGGUUCAUCUCAAAAGGCUGAAAGGCAGCAAGCAUGAAGAUGGUACCCAGAGUGACUCAGAGAAUGGACUGGGCCUACGUUUUGCCAAUCGCCGCCACGCCCUCGAGGAACGUCUAAAAGCAGCACACGGCCACGUGGGAGGAGGAGCAGGAGGGGGGAACAUAACAGUGAGCGGGACCCGAACUACUGGCACCCGCACUGCCUUCAUGAUUGAGUUCUAUGACGAGGAAAACCCUCGCAAGCGGCGGUCAUAUUCGUUUUCCCAGACUGCACCACUGCUGCCAGGAGGAUCUGGUGGGGAGGGACUCUGUCCCCAACCCCCCUCUCACCCCAAGGUGUUUAGCAUCUCCACCUCUGCUACUACAGCAUCAGACUCAGGUAAAGUCCCAGCCCCAAUACCAGCUACAGUGACUGUAGGUGCCCCUACGGCUGCCCGUGUGCUCCUCAAGCAGCGGUCAGAGGACCCGAGUAUCGGUCGGAGCUCAGCCAGUACCGGGCUGGCGACAGGUAGCCCCACCAGCCCCAGCGAGGACGCCUCAGUCGUGGGGAGAGGUGUGGGGACAGCUGGAGGGGAGGCAGAGGAUGACCACAGUGAUAAGGGGACCUACACUAUCGAACUGGAGAACAGGAACCCAGAAGAAGAGGAGGCCAGGCGCAUGAUAGACAAGGUGUUUGGGGUGCAGCAGAACCAGGACUCCGCUAUUCUGUCAGAUCUCAAAGGAGAAAGGAAAGGAAAGGAGACAGGAGAGGCAGGCAAAGAGGCUCUUCCCGGUGAUUCGAGCUGGGUUUCUCAGUGGGCUAGUCUUGCUGCCAAUCACACCAGGACAGACCCAGAGGGCUCAGGAGCAGAGACAGCCGCCUUCCUGCACAAAGAGAGAGGAGCUGAUGCCUUGGAGUCCAGUGUGUCCCUCAGCUUAGGUGAUUCCUCCUCCGGUCUGACUGACCGUAAACGUAGGACCCUCCCCCAGCUCCCUGUGGAUGACCCCCGGGCUAAAUCCAGCACCAAAGCUCUGGGACUGAGGUCUGAGAUUGGGGAGAAACAGGACACUGAACCCCAGGAAAAAGAGAACAAGGGAGACGGGGAAUCCCCAACUCCCAUGGAAGACGGUGAGAUGAUCGGUAAACGGAAACAAAGCUCCACCUCCUCUCCAUCCAAGGCUCCUCUCCGAACCUCUGGCAGCACUGAGCGGAGGAAGAGGUCAGAGGAAAGGAAAGGAGGAGGAACAGCAGAAGGAGGAGAGAAGUCUGGAAAGCCUCUAGUACGCCAAGGCAGCUUCACCAUUGAGAAGCCCAGCGCUAAUGUCCCUGCAGAGCUCAUCCCACGCAUCAACAGAGGCAGCACUGGGCGCGAACGCAGUGACUCUGUGGGAAGCAUGGACACUGCUACGCUCCUGAAGGACACUGAAGCUGUCAUGGCAUUCCUGGAGGCCAAACUAAGAGAUGAAAACAAACUAGACCAGAAAAGUAGUAAAACCAGCACCACCGGCUUCCCCCCUCGGACUGACUCCAUCUCCCCUGAGUCAGAUGUGGACACGGCCAGCACAGCUAGUCAUGUGGCUGGAGAGGCAGAGAGGAAAGCAGCGGCUGGUGGUACACAGAAACGACGUUCCUUCAGCAGCAUGCACCGGGAGAAGAGCAACAUGAGCACAUCUUCCAAGACCAGCGUCACCAACGCUAGCGCCCGUGAACGUUUGGAGAGGAAGACUAAAAGCAGAACUGUGGAAGCAACGAGCCGGACUGAUGCACGCCGCUCUGUUCAGCCAUCCACUGUCUCCUCCAGAGCACGCCAGCCUUCCCUGGAUCUCACCGAUGAUGACCAGACUUCUUCCUUCCCCAUUUCAGACAUCCUCUCCUCAGACCAGGAGACCUACUCUGGACCUGGGACUGGUUUUGGGCACUCUGCACAUGGACGUUCAGAUGAUGUCCUCCAUAGCAGGUCUGCUAAAAACUCCACCAGCAGUUCCUCCAAAACCAGCCGCACUCUCCAGGCGGCCACAGCCUCCUCACUGAACAAGCAGGCCUCACUGCCUCAGCCGCGGCCCACAAGAGCCUCCCUACUCCGCCGCGCCCGGCUGGGGGAUACAUCUGACACGGAUCUAGCUGAUGCAGACAGAGUGUCCGUGGCCUCUGAGGUGUCCACCACCAGCUCCACCUCUAAGCCACCAUCGGGUCGGAAGGGACUGUCACGGCUGGACAUGCUGGCUCAGCCGCGUAGGAACCGUCUAGGUUCCAUCUCAGCCCGCAGUGACUCAGAGUGUACAGUGACCCGGAGCUCCACCUCUUCAUCCCGUAUGUCAGCUGAGACUGCUCUGCGUCUGGGCUUACGCUCAUCGACACCCACAGAGAACAGGCUAACUCCCAGGAUGAGGGCCAGCAGCGUGUCCAAACUGAAUGAGACCAAGACUAAGACCACAACAUCGGGAUACUGCUCGCCCACAGUGUCCAGUAGCAGCAGGUGGAGACGCUUGCCACCGGAGUACGCCUCCACCUCAGAGGAAGAGUUUGGCUCAAACCGGAAUUCUCCAAAGCACGGAGGGCGCUCCCAUGUGCGGCCUCAUCACCUUGUCCCACACCGCAGUUCAAGACUCAGCACCACCCCGAGCCCAGGCUCCGGCAUGGUGACAGGUCCGGGUGGAGUGGCGGUCAAACACCGCAUGAAAGAGCAAGAGGAGUACAUCAGAGACUGGACAGCACACAGCGAGGAGAUAGCCAGGUUAUUCCCCUGUGUGCGCAGGAUCAGCCAGGACCUGGCUAAGGACUUGGCCAUCUUGGCUCGCGAGAUCCACGAUGUGGCCGGUGAGAUCGACUCAGUCAGCUCGUCUGGCACGGCACCCAGCACCACCGUCAGCACCGCCGCCACCACCCCAGGAUCAGCCAUCGACACCCGUGAAGAGGUAGGCCCUGCACGUCCCACGCAGCCGGAAAUACAGGAGAGCAUGAGAAAGUUGGUGGAUCGGGUGUUUGAUGAGAGCCUCAACUUCAGAAAGAUCCCUCCUGUGAUUUCAACCAGUAAGACACCAGAGAUCAACGGCAAGCCAGUGGAGCUCCGCCCCCGUGCCCCUGACAGUCUGGAGCCCCGAGCUCUGAGGAGACGCACCUGGAACCGAGAGGAGGCGGUGUUGGACAGCCUGCUGCUCAAUUCGGUCUCUCAGCUCUCCACCAAGAUCAGACACUCCAUUGACAAAACUGCAGGAAAGAUCAGGAUAUUGUUUAAGGAUAAGGACAGGAACUGGGAUGAAAUUGAGAAUAAACUGAGGUCAGAGAGUGACAUACCACUCCUGAAAACCUCCAACAAGGAGAUCUCCUCAAUUCUGCUUGAACUGAAGAGAGUUGAGAAGCAGCUUCAAGUGAUCAAUGUGAUGGUGGACCCAGAUGGGACUCUGGAUGCCUUGGCCAACCUCGGCCUGACCAGCCCCACCACCCCUACCAAGCCCCAAACCACCAAAACAACUUCCCCCUCUGCCACCAGCCCCGGGUCUCAGCUCCCAGCCAAAGAAUCGCUGCCGGAGAUCCUUCCUGGGCCAGGAGGGUCAACAGCCUCCGCCAGGGCUCAGUCCUCCUCUGCCAGCACAGGGGACACUGCGCGAGACAGCGGUGUCGGUCUCGGGUUAACAGGAGUCGGAGGACUGCCUUUCAACCGCAUUCGGCCGAGCGGAGAGGAGGCCAUCGCACAGAAGUGAACAGAAAGUUUCCUUGAAGGUUAUGUGAAUAAACAUGAGUCUGAAUUGGAGUGCAGGUGGCUGGUGAUCAGAGUUCACAACAAUAAGGAAGGUGGAGGAACAUUUAAACAUUUUUUUUUUCUGACAGAACAGUUGCCAUUCUCCAGACUAUACCACAUUAUGGUUAUAUGAUAAACAUAAUUUAGCAAAAGUGUUACCAGACCUCGCCGGAAAUGAAGUGCUUCAGCUGACCUUCAGACUCCACUGGCUAAACCCCAACUGAUGCAUCAUGGAUAUACCCCUUGAAUGGAAAUUGACUCAUGAAUGAUUUAGAUCGAGUAAUAUUAGCAUUUCAAAUGUAAACUGUUCAUGCCUACUGGCCAAUCUGACUUCCUGGUGGACUGAAGGCUACCUGGCUCUCUCUCAAUGGACACAUCUCUGUGGUUGUACAGUCUCCUCCAGUCUUCUCCUCUUGCCUUCUCCAUGUGUCUGGACCCUUCCUACACUAAAGACAUGCCUUAAAACACAUCCUCCGUAGUAGCAGUGUAACCCCCAUCCCCCUCAUGCCCUCAAAUAUUAUACAAGAUAACUUUUACAGUACUUUCAGACAUACAGAAUGCAUUGUAAAAUAACACUCGCAAAAGAUGUUCUAUUUACACUAUGAUGAAAUACAACACUGCAAUAAUUUAUUAGCUCUUGUUCAGUGCAAAGAAUAUUUCAGCAGCCUUAAAUAAUCAACCUAACAAACAGACAUGCUUUAUGCCUAAACAGUUACAAUUAUUUCACAAAUCAAGCAAGGAGAAUUGCAGUUUUAUAUAUUUCAUAACUUGAACUGUCCGUCCAUUGAACCAUCUCUCAAAGUGACUCUGUUGAACUGGAUUUGUAGUGCCUCCCCCAUCUCUGUGCACACCUAUCUGUCCUUCACCUCUUGUUUCCUUGUUUCCUUCCCUCCCUUCCUCUUCUCUCCCAGUAGUUGGAUGUUUGUCACUCCAGUAGCAUGUACAGGACAGAGCUGAGAGCUGUCUUCCUGCAAGUUGGCAUCUGUGUUGAUCUUACUAAUACUAAACGGUAGUUUUACAAAAUAGACACAGCCUUUGGGAAACCAAUGAUCAUUUUCAGUCAAAAUAAUCACUUACCAAAGUUAACGAGUUUAUUGAUAAUGUCAUUUUCGAGCCAUCCUGAAAUUCAUCUAUCGUGCAAAAGCUGCUUCUGUUUUUGAUGGAACUCACCAUCCUCUGCAGUUCACCUAUUCCUCUGAAUGUCAAGACCAUUUUUUUUGGCAACAAAUCAAAGAUUCAGAAAGCUUAUUUGUUGUAAUGAAACAUCUGAUCAUUGCUGCCAUAUCUUUAUUUGGCCCAUGUGACAUGACCUGUGACAGUCAGUGCCCUUAGCUUCUGGCUACAGUACAUCAACUCAAGUGUCCUAUGAUUUCAAAUUGGCUUUUUUCUACUUUUAUAGUCACGGGUGAUGUGACUUGUUUUUCAACCAGCAAAGAUAAACAGAAACUGUUUCAACUAAAUAUUUUAUAAUAUUUAGAUACUGUAGAUACUGUACUCCUUUUCUUUUUUAAUGCUUUGACUCACCUCACAAUGAAGUUCAUUUUUUCUUUAUCUGCCAUUAACCAGUUUGAGCUCAAGUACACACAAAAACUAAGCAUGAAAAAGCUGCUGGAAUUGGCUCAAAUAAAUGUCUUGUGGGGGGGG